GUAUACUGCGAUCAACGUCAUUUUUCUCUCACUAUACAUACAUAUUAUUUAUUCAUUGUUCAAAUGAACUUCACACAACAGUUAUUGAAACUUAAUUAGGUAAUUUUCAAGGUUUGUCUAACCAGCAAUCUAUACAAUGUUUAUGGAAUGAUUGAUAUACCUAAAUAUAAAAGUACGAUGAACGCUUUGUAAAAAUUUCCAUUCUUUUUUUGCAUAUACGUACAAUCAGAUGUGCUGCAUUAAAGUUAGAACUCGAGUUUAGUGAGUUCAGUAAGUUUAGGUACAUUGGAAUAAUUUUCGGUCAAACUUGGAAGAAAUUUUGCGUGGUUUUUAAAAUUCAAGGUAAACGUGUUUCACAGAUGGACAGGAGAGCAAACGCGAAGUGGUGACUUGACCCACUUUGGAAUAGAGCUCUUCAAUUAGGUAUUCAAAAUGCGUUCACAGAUUUACGCGAUUGCUGUUGUUUUAAUCAUCACAAAUGCAGCGUCUGGAUUCGGUGGUGACAAACCGGAUAAUUCUUCACGCAGAACACUGAUGACUGGCGAUCCAGACUCCGAUAGUAACUGUUGUCAGAGUUGGAGAUUCUUUUGUGGGUGUAAUAAUAUGGUGAAAACCACUCAACACAAAUAUGAACAUAUUUUUCCCAUUAGAACAAGAAGAAACACGGUUGAGCUAUACUUCAAUGUGAAAGCGGACCGCGACGCAAAUCUGGCCUUUUACGCUGAAGGUCGGAAAUUAGCUUAUGAAAUAAUACUGGGCGCAAAAUAUAAUACGUUAUCAUCCAUCCGAAAAGGCGUUGGUGAUAAUGUUGAAUAUGCUGAGUUACUGCUAGCAGAUGUGGUGUCACCCAAUGAAUGGCGCCAAUUCUGGAUUGAAAUUACGAAUGAAACAGUAAAAGUAGGAAGAAAAUAUGACGAAAACGUAUUCUUGGAAUUAAAAAAUGUAACCAAUGUACCGGUUAAAGAUUACAGCGUUGCUGGUUGGGCGGAUAAUAAUGUUUUAUGGAGCCUUCCUUGUAUCCAUGAAAACGAUUUCUCGUGGUGAGAUUUUUAUUGACGGACGGUAUUCGUGUUUUAAAUCACAUAUGUACUUCCGAUGAAAUUACGAGUAAUUGACCGAAUAAACAAUUUUUAAGAUUUAAA